GAACGUGCGCUUGGGCCUCUGUUUUCUCUCAACGCCGUCAGCCGCUGCUAGCGGGGCGUUAGCCGGGCUGGGGCUAGCAUGGCUGAUAGAAAACUCAACCUAGUGGCUGAGGACCUGACAGUGAAGCGUGGGCACGAUGAAAUGUCAGUGAACCGCAAGCUGAAGUACAUAAGUCUGGCAGUGCUGGUGGUCCAGAAUGCGUCGCUUAUCCUCAGCAUCCAAUACGUGCGCACAUUGCCAGGGGAGGGCUUCCUGGCCACGUCAGCCGUGGUUAUGGCGGAGGUCCUCAAGGUGUUGGCGUGUCUCCUCAUUGUCCUGUUGCAGAAGAGAUUCAACGUAAAGGAGACGUUGUUGUUCCUGGUGGACACCGUCUUCUUUCAAUACAGGGACACGCUGAAGCUGGCUGUUCCAUCUCUCAUCUACACGCUACAAAACAACCUGCAAUACAUUGCCAUCUCCAACCUGCCUGCUGCCACCUACCAGGUGACGUACCAACUGAAGAUCCUUACCACAGCGCUCUUCAGUGUAUUGAUGCUGAAGAAGACUCUGUCCAAAGUGCAGUGGUUUUCACUACUGCUGCUCUUCGUUGGUGUCGCAAUUGUGCAGGUCCAGCAGGGGGCCAGCAAGGAGACGGAGAAAGCUAAUCAGAACUAUGUGGUAGGCCUGAUGGCCGUGGUCAUCAGCUGCCUGUCGUCGGGAUUCGCCGGCGUCUACUUUGAGAAGAUCCUGAAGGGGAGCUCGGCGUCUGUGUGGGUGCGCAACGUGCAGCUGGGCAUCUUCGGCACUACGCUGGGGACGUUGGCGAUGUGCUGGAACGACGGUGCCGCCGUAGCUCACCGCGGACUCUUCUCGGGCUACACCUCCAUGGUGUGGUGCGUCAUCCUCAACCAGGCGUUUGGCGGCCUCCUGGUAGCCGUGGUGGUGAAGUACGCCGACAACAUCCUGAAAGGCUUCGCUACCUCCUUCUCCAUCAUUAUCUCCACCAUCAUGUCCAUCUACCUGUUUGCUUUCCACGUCGACCCACUCUUUGCCGCCGGUGCUGGGCUAGUCAUCAGCGCCGUCUACAUGUACAGCCUCCCUAAAUCGUCAUCCAACCUCACUUCAUCUUUCCCGACGUUGAGAACUGAGGAUGUCGCCAAGGUGGAGCCCUUUCAGACAAAGUGCGACAGGAAGCAGAAAAGAUUUUGAGACGGGAGGUGUCACCUACAUGAGAACCACCCUCUUAUCUAAAUUUAAGCUUUUUAUUUUCAAUUUUAAUUAAAAAUGACUGGAAAAUUA